AAAAACAUUGAUAUCGCAAUUUAAAACAACAUUAGGUUUAUUAUUAUAUAUAACGAAAAGCUUAAGCUUAAGCUUAAGAAAGUGAUAGACAUUGAAGAAGAGAUGAAAAGUAUGGAGGGAAUUCAACAUAAAACAGUGAGCGUCAAUGGCAUCAACAUGCACAUAGCCGAGAAAGGGGAAGGUCCUUUGAUUCUCUUCAUCCAUGGCUUCCCUGAGCUCUGGUAUACAUGGCGCCACCAGAUAAACGGUUUAGCUGCCCUCGGCUACCGUGCUUUGGCGCCCGACCUCCGUGGUUACGGUGGAACCGAUGCGCCGGAUUGCGUCGCCGAUUACACUUGCUUCCACGCGGUGGGAGACCUCAUCGCACUUCUGGACAUGGAGGCGCCGCCGGAGAAGGAGGAUAAGGUGUUCGUCGUAGGACACGAUUGGGGUGCCAUCAUUGCUUGGUUCUUGUGCUUGUUUAGGCCGGACAGGGUUAAAGCUUUGUUCACUUUGAGUGCGCCGUUUAUUACUUGCGAUCCUCGGUUUAAACCGGUCGAGACUUUGGAAGUUCUCCUUGGGAAGGAUUAUUAUAUCGUCCGGUUUCAGGAACCUGGAGAAAUGGAAGCGGAAUUUGCAGAGAUUAGUCUAAGACGAGCGGUUUUGGAGCUGUUAUCAUACCGAAUACCCGACCCACUUUAUUUACGAAAGGGAAAUCUAUUCGGGCAUCCACUAGAUUGCCCAGUUAACUUGCCGCCAUGGUUGUCGGACCAAGAUGCCGAUUACUAUGCUAACCAGUUCCAGGAAACUGGCAUUACCGGUGCCCUCAAUUAUUACCGUAACAUAGAUACAGACUGGGAACUAUUAGCACCAUGGUGGAAAAGCCAGAUCCAGGUCCCUGUAAAGUUUGCAAUGGGGGACCAUGAUCUUGUAUAUACAAUGCCUGGUGUCAAAGAUUAUAUUCUCAACGGUGGGCUUAAAAGGAAUGUGCCCUUUCUUGAAGAAGCUCUUGUCAUCAAUGGAGUUUCUCAUUGGAUCAAUGAAGAAAUACCUGAUCAAAUCAAUCAAUUACUGUUCGAUUUCUUCUCCAAGUUCAAUUAAAAUUAAAUAACAUUAUCAAAUUUAGUCAAAAUAAAAACGUCUUACCUUUGUUGUUGUGUUUUAUCUUUCACAAUAAUAGAAAUAAUUUAUGUUAAGACUUAUUUCGAGCAAUGAUUAGAAUUAUUGAAAGAA